AUGUCGGUCACGGUGGCUUGGAAGCAGCCGUGGUGUGGGGAAGUAAUUAGUGAAAGUCAAAAGCAGCAACUGGAAUCUGUGAGCUACUCCUCCCGCUACGCUCUGGGACUUUUUUAUGAAGCUGGUACACGGAUUGAUGUCCCCUGGGCUGCACAGUACAUCACUGAUAAUCCCUGCAUACGCUUCAUCUCCGUCGAUAAUAAGAAACGCAAUAUAGAGUCUCCUGAAAUUGGGCCCUCGGUCGUCGUUCACACCACUGUGACGUUUGGAAGCCAGCACCUGGAUUCAGACCCUGCAGAGGUGCAGCAGUUAAUUCUCAGUCACCUGGAGAGGGUUGUGCCAUCCCUACCGAAAGCAGCCAGCGUCAAGUGUCAGAAGUGGAGAUACUCUCAG